UAAAAAUAAAAAAACGAAUUUCUCUAUCUCUAAACACUUUGGCGUUGUGGCUUCAGAAAAACCCUUGACCUACGAAUACAUGGCGAAACCACGGAAAUCGAAGACCUCAUCGGAGGAAGCUCUGUGCAAUGCCUCAAAUAUUUCGGAGGAAGAUAAGGAGAAGAUCGAGGCUGUCGUCAAAUACAAGUCUCCUUGUACUGUAAACAGCGCAGGCCAUCGGCAAGAGCAAGAGCAGGAUCAUGAAAACGAAGAGGAAAAAUGGCCAAGAAAAUAUCCAAUAAAAGAAGAAAGCUAGUUAGUGGCUGCACGCCAUUGCAAGACUCACUGGCAGAAGUAAUUAGCAAUGUAGAUCUUUUAUCUGAGAUACUUCUACGUGUGCCAACAGUCACUCAUCAGAUUCAAAUGUCUGUCUAAGCAUUGGCUUUCUCUCAUCUCAGACUCACAAUUUUCCUCUAACCACACCCGCCGAACUAACAUUUCCAUGAUCUCCGGCCUAUACUUCUACAGCAAUUGGAUGUUGAAGGAUGUUAAUUCUGUCUCGCUUCAAAGCCACUCAACUCUUCCACCAUUCACCUUCCUUGAUGGUGUUGGAGAAGAAUCUACACGUAUGUUUGUAAACUCUUGCAACGGCUUGCUGUUGUGCUCGAAGAUUUACAGACAGCGUUACAUUGUUUGUAAUCCAACCACCCAAAAAUACACUGCAUUACCUGAAUGUGUUGGCACAUCAUUUAGAUUAUUCUAUGACAAGUUUGGUGCUUACUUGGCUUUUGACCUUUCAAAAUCACCUCACUACAAAGUUGUAUUGGUUGAUUACGGUCUUGAUUAUGCCGGAAGCUCUGGAAGAUCUUAUCUAAUUGAUAUCUACUCUUCAGAAAGUGCCUCUUGGAAACUUGUUUGUGUCAAUGCACCACCAGGUGGCACCUUCAAACGCAGGGUCUUUUGGAAUGGAGCAAUUCAUUGGAUGAAUUCCAUGAACCUUCACAUUCGAUUUGAUGUUGAUGGAGAGAAUUUGACAGGAACUCCAAUGCCUCCAUACCCUAAAAUUCUUUCAGAAGAUAAAAUUCUAUAUUUUGGAGAAUGUCAUGGCCAUUUGUUUCUAAUUCAGAAUCGUCAGUCAUUUCCUGUGGGAUUCAGGAUUCUUGAGAUGAACAGGGACUACUGCUGCUGGAAUGUGAUGUACUGGGUUAAUUUGAGACCUAUAAUAGAUGUCUUCCCAUCGAAAAUUUACCCAAAAUUUAAUGUGCUUUGUGUUGUGAAGGGUGCAAAUGAAGCAGAUAUUGCACUGGUGUUAGCUAUUCCUGGCAAAGUUAUUUCUUAUAAUCUCAAGUCCAAGACAUUGAAGGUGCUUAGUAAGUCUGUAGAUUGGGAAACAACUUGGUAUAAUACGCAUCAAUUCAUUGAAAGCCUUUCACCUGUUUGAUCAAUUGCCCACCUGUUUGAGCCAACCUAUUAAAAUCAUUUUGCAUGAAGUAGCUUCUUAGUGUUAAAAAACAGUAUUUUGUUGUCACAAAUUGCAGUAGGGUGCUUGUUUUAGAGGCUUAUGUUGCUGUAAUUUCUUUCUUCAACAGAUGGUUAUGUCCCUCAGUGAACUCUUCUAAAUUUCUCUCUGCUUAGUAUUAUCAGUAGUUAGCUUCUUUUAGCUGGUUAGAUUCUGUUUUAAGCUUGCUUUCAUUGGUCGAUUUUAAGGCUGACAUAGGAUUGUUGUGUAUAUAGUUCAUCCAUAGAUCCUCUCUGUAAUAAUUACUUUUGUUGCUUUA